UGACAUUGAGACUGACUUACUCUACCUCCCCCCUGUCACUUAGAGCUUCCACCUUACUGGAGUUUAUUACAUUUAAAUAAACUGUAUUUUCAUCUAUCAUUGAAUUGGUUUUAUUUGAAUGUGCAUACUUUUAAUGAGAUUCAUUUAAUUUAAUGCAAGGGGCACUGUAACCGUGGGUUUAUUCAAAGUAUAACACUGAAGAAAAGAAGUCCAAUUCACCCGCUGUAUCUCAAUGGGUAUAAAUGGGUAUGCGCACAAGAAGGCGAUACCAUGGUAACUAAAAUCAAUUUUAUAAUGAAGCGUAUAAUCAGUUUUCUGUUUGAUUUGCGUGUCUGAUGAGGAAACAGCAUAAUUCCAUUGUCUCCUAAACUGUAAAUUAAAAAACUGAAACAUUUCCUAAAUGAUCAGAUCCGUCAUCAUUAUCGUUAUAAUCAUCAUUAUCGCUUUAAUCACAGAUCAAAGCCAGAUCAGAGCCAGUGCAGUUGAACUCCCCGCUGUCCACGUCUGUCCUCAGGUCUGUCUUCAGGUCCUCGUCCUCUCGGCUCUGACAACAUGGCUCGUCUCAUCACCUCUCUGUUUCGUCCUCCUCUUGAAUUGUCCCUGUAAAGCCUUUUCCAAGCGCAGCUGCUGUUCCCUGCUGAAGAGCACGUUUCAAUUCUAAAAGUUUGGCUUCAGAGGAGCGUCAUUUCUGCGAGGCUUCCUCCAGGGUUUGUCCGGAUUUGCAUUUCCCCCCCUGCAGAACGGACCCAUGGGUUUUGUUUAAUGGAGAAAUGUGCUUGGAGACAAAAGGUCCCCUUUUCUUUGCAUGAUGCCAGAGACUGCGAGAAGAUCUUGAUCUUGUUUUCCAAACGUUGCCUUCGUUUGGACCAGAACAAAAUGCACCGGGUCCUCUCAAAGAUCAAUGACCAUUGUCAUUGAUCUUUUGACAGGUAAAAUUACAUCUGCACUAUUGUGGGAAAUCACAUGACCCCUUGAACGCUUUUUUAUUUUGGUAGCUCUGGCGGAUUUACAUUUUUCAGUGGGCUGUUUAAUGAACUCCUUAUAAUGAGAAUGAAGAAGAUCAAAAAGGUUCCUAACUAUUUGCUCUCCUGCGGUUUCAACAGGCUGAUCAUUAAUCAAGACGGACGGCCUUUUGAUGAUUCAUAAUUCUUACUUUCGUUAAUGAAUUCGGGCUAUUUCCGAGAUACGAUAUAAUGAUAACACUUUGAAUCGACUAAAUAUAUAUAUCAUUUUGGGUCUGAGCUAAAAAAGAACUGCAGAUUCACAAAACAAAGAUGCCAUUAACUCACCAGCUGUCAAUUAGCAGAUAUAAUACAAAUAUGGCAAAUUAACAAUAUUCAACAGCCAGAAUUUAAUAAUAAAGAUAUUGGAUACAAAUAAAAAACAAGGCAUUAAGAGCGAGAAAACCGACACUGGAUGGCAUUUCCAUGAUCCACUUAAUAUGUUUUCCAUUGUUCCCCGUAUGUGUGUGCCAAUGAAAUAUAAUUGAGAGAGCAGAGAGAGACAGAAGAAAAUCAAUGAAGCAUCUCUUCUAAAUACUCAUAAGUCUAAAUAAAUUUACUGAAUAUGUGAUGGGGGAUUGAUGGGCCUCCUCGCUGUGUUCCAGGUCCUUGGGCCUUGAAAAUGAUGUGAAUACACGCUGUGCAGAUUGAUGGCUGGCUGGUUUGGGCUCCGGUUUCCUCUCUUAUCAGCGGAGACAUAAUUGCUUUAUGGAGAGCUGGUUUGAAUCACAACAGGGAUGCAAGUGUGCUGAUUUAGCCACAAAAACAGGGCCGCUGAGCAGGUUGCUCUGUUUUAGAGGAACAAAAGAACACAAAGUAAUUCACCUGCCGUGCGCUGCUGGUGCUUCUGAGACCUAAUGUGGGUUACGGUUUACGGUUUGAGUAGAAAAUCCAGCUUGAAAGAGGACACUUGACGUUGCAGCAUAAUUCACAGACCGAGGGCCCAGAUCAUUAUGCUGAACAUGGUGCGGCCUCACUGACAGUUUGAGUCUGUGCUUCUGGUAUGAGUAACCAUGGCAACCGGCAUCACCUACAGUUGGUUUCCAGCAGCAUCUCUCACACACACAAACACAAACAUCCAUGAAGUCAAGAAGUCUUUGAUAUGUUUUCAGAAUUACCAACAUUAAUGUCAUGAUUCACCUGUUGCCAAAGUCAGCAUCUAUUUAAAAACAAAUCGCCUAAUUCUUCUUAAUGUCACCUUUUAAACAUGUAUGACUAUUUAAUUGAAUGUAUUCAUCCCCUUUUAAUGUCUAGAUUUUUAAUUUUUUACUUGAUAAUUACUUUAACAUUAUGUUUGUUAUUUGGAGGCUGCAAAAGGAUAAUUCAUAUGAGAUGACAGCAUUGCAUCGCGUAUCAAACAACGUAUUAUGUCAAUUUAAACAAUUUAAAAGCCUAAUCAUUAUUAUUGUUGAGUUGAAAUGGUGGAAUUCAAAGAAAACUCAAAUUAAUGUAUUCCCAUAAUUAUUUAUGUUGAGGUGUUUUUGUUAGCAGUGCAAAUAAACACUGACUUAGACCACCAACAUUUCUUUCUCAUCACCUAACUGGGGGAAUAGCUCCUUAAUAUUCAUACCCGAGGACUUGCAUAUUUUAGGAUAGCUUUGUAAAUCUGUGUCCACUGGAUGUCUCCCACGCAGUUUCAGCGCCAGUUCAGAGCCCACUGGUCGCUGUCCAUGGUGCUGAACCCCCUCUUCUCCGGUUAUAUUGGUAUACUUGGUUGAGACGGGAUUCCACUUGUUGCACACUGCAUAGCACUAAAAACAUUGCUGCUAAUGUGUUCCUUCACACGCCUUUUAGUGAAUUAUUAUUUUGGGCUGGAUUGCGCAUGCGAAAAAGCGAGCUUAAGCCACUUGCUGAUGGACGCGUCGAGAGCAUCCCGAUGCGCGCAGCCCGAUACGCGCGUUUUUACAUAAACAGGACACCUGAGCCCGGUCGCACAGAUCGACUGCUUUUAUAUCCCGACACGCCGUUACGCUUCACGCUACGGGCCGUGCGGGGGGACCGGUGCCACCUGUAACCGUGCGCCUUUCUGCCGCCGACGCCGAGGAUGAAGAAGCAAAACAUCCGGACACUGUCGCUCAUCCUCUGCAUGUUCUCCUACCUGCUGGUCGGCGCCGCGGUGUUUGACGCGCUGGAGUCGGAGACGGAGACCGCCCGCAGACGCAUCUUGGAGCAGAAGCGCAACGAGAUGAAGAAGAAGUACCGCUUCUCCGAGGUCGACUACUGCGAAAUCGAACGAGUGGUGCUGCAAGCUGAGCCCCAUCGCGCCGGGCGACAAUGGAAAUUCGCUGGCUCUUUUUACUUUGCCAUAACAGUCAUCACCACCAUUGGUUAUGGUCAUGCAGCACCAGGCACGGAUGCAGGAAAGGUCUUCUGCAUGUUCUACGCUGUACUGGGAAUUCCUCUCACUUUGGUCAUGUUCCAGAGCCUGGGAGAAAGGAUGAACACCUUUGUCCGCUAUCUCCUACAUAAGGCGAAGCAGUGCCUGGGCUGUCGUCGCACUGAGGUGUCCAUGGAGAACAUGGUCCUGGUGGGAUUCCUGUCCUGCAUUGGAACACUGUGCGUUGGGGCUGUAGCCUUCUCCCACUUUGAGAGAUGGAGCUUCUUCCACGCCUACUACUACUCCUUCAUCACACUCACCACUAUUGGCUUCGGGGACUUUGUGGCCCUGCAGAAGAAGGAGGACCUCCAGGAGAAAACGCCCUACGUGGCGUUCAGCUUCAUGUACAUCCUGGUGGGGCUGACUGUCAUCGGGGCCUUCCUGAACCUGGUGGUGCUUCGCUUCCUCACCAUGAACACGGAGGACGAGCGGAGAGACGCUCAGGAGAGAGCGUCCCUCAAGCGAGAUCGAGGCCGUCUGGACGGUUCUCUGGGUCUCUGCGUUGUAGGCGAACAGAGCAGAGGCUGCCAAAGAGAGAAGAACAGGAGCACCGCGGUGCAAAGUCGCAGCCACAGCACGCUCUUCCUCCCGAUGGAGGAUGGAACCAGCUGCACCAACCUCAUCGCUUCCCCAGCGCAGGAACAGGAGAGGCAAAGAAGCCCCUGCAGAGACAGGCUGCAUUUUCACAACAAGGCGGACGGACGCAGGCCGGAGUCGAGCCUCGGCUCCCUCUGCUCCUGUGUGUGCUGCCGUUUGGGCAUCUGUGAUAGUCCUCCCAUGUCCCACGGUGAGCCACCCGGCGGCCACAUCAACUCCGUUUACCACAACUCCGUCUCCUACAGGAUCCAGGGCGGCUUGCCGGGCUCCAGGGACAACACGGGGCUCUCUUCCCCAGGAAGCACGCUUUCACCGGGGCGUAGCUUCCGGGAGUUCCCUCGUUCGAGGAGAAAGUCCGUGUAGAGAGCACCACAGCGUCGGCACAGACUGUAAGCAGCCGUUACAAUGGCACUUUGUGUUGCACCUUGUGCAUGACAGAAGACGCUGAUUCUGUUGAAUGAAUAGGUCGUUGUUUAAUUUGUUAAGCAGGGGUACAAUUUGUUGCCCGCUUUCACCAUGACAUUAUUUAUAGUUAGUGAUUCUAUUCAGUUCCUCGCAUGAAAGUGAGAGUGCAUGUCAGCCUACUUUUAUAUAAGAAAACGCCUUAAAUAACGUUAAGCACGUGAGAAAUGUGGCUUCUUAGCUCAGUGAGUUUAAUAAAUCCUUUUAUUACUUAUAAUGGAGAAGUCAAAACAACGUUUGUUGUUCAGCAUUGAUGCACUCUAGUAUAAAGAGAGUAUGAGUGUUACGUGAUGAUUCUAAUGUAAUGGACUGUAGCAACAGAUACGUAGCAGGUUACAAAUAAACUUAUACAUCAAGCAGGGAGGUGUUGUUUCCAUGUACACAUGGUUUGUAGUCAGAUUCCAUGUGGGUCCCUUAAUCUUUUAUUGAACCACUGGAUCAUUAAAUGUCUCAGGGUUUUGAUUUGAAUCAAAGUAUACUAAAUUAUUAAACAACCCACUUCGAUGAGGUCAAUUUUCUUUUUUAUCCGGCUUCCUCUGUUGUAUUUGGGGUUUUUUAUCAACAAAACCAUUGGCAUAAAGGAGAAAUGGGGGGUUGUAGUUGUUUUAUUGUAAUGGUAUUAUAUUCAGUAACGGAUUUACAAGUUUUUGGUUUGUUAAUAGCGUUCAUGUUUCCAUACGAGACAUUUUAAAUUCAGGACUUUUACUAAUAAGAGAGUAUUUUUGCAAUGCAUGCUGUGACUCUUUGAGUACUUAGUUCCAGGAGACGCUGUUGUUUUACCUCUUUUAAUUCUAGUUCUGUCCGUUUGAGGUAUGGAAUUCAUGACUGAAUGACCAUAAACAACUAAAAUAAUAGAGAAAACGCCUCCCUUCUUAAGAGAGAUUUCAGACAUUCACAUCACCUCCAGUCGCAAUUAAAAAAAAAAAAUUACAUUUUUGGUUCAAAAUGAGGAAGACUUUACUUAAGUGUCCUCAAGCAUAGAUUUCACUCCAUGUGUUGACGUGCUGGAAAAUCAAGCUACUUCACAUGUAAACGUGAAACGGUGAUUGGCAAUGAAAGACGUCUGCUCUGGUUUGUGUGGAUACAAAUGUUUCUUCUCUUCCUCACGUUGUCACAUCACAGAUGCUCUAAUGCUGAAACAAUGUGUGCAACAAGUAUUAAAAAUGUUUGUCCUCUAUUAAAUAUUCAAGAUUU